AAUUGUUUAAAAAGACGGAAAAAGAUCAGAAUGGAUUUCGAAUAGGAAGGAGGGAAAAUCCCCGCCAGUUCUGCAACAAGUCGAAAUAUGAUUUAGCGACUUAAUCAGACAUCAAACCACUGAUGUGAUGCAGCUUUAUCCUGUGCAUGGACAAGAGGAGUUUCAGAAAACAGCCAGCUCUGAGCAAGGGGAGUUUGCUGCCUUUUGAUGUCCAUCACCAACGAUGGCUUCUCACCAAGCACAACUAAGAAGACAGAGUUCACAGUCAAGCAGUAAUUCCAGCUCCAGUCGCCUGUGCAGGAGACAUCCAAACACUUGCUGUUUCUGCUGGUGCUGCUGCUGUUCCUGCCUAACUGUCAGAAAUGAAGAUAAACAUGAUUGCAACAGAACACCAUCUCUAAUUUCCCAGAUGGAAAGUCUUCAGAACAAAGAAGAAAGUGGGAUUCUGAGCCUGGAAGAGGUCACUGCUUGGUCCCAGUCAUUUGAACAGCUUCUGAAGAAUUCAGCUGGAAGGAACAUUUUAAUGGAAUUCUUACAAAGUGAACACAGUGAUGAAAACAUUCUCUUCUGGCUUGCUUGUGAGAAACUUAAGCAGGAAGAUGACAAAGCUAUCAUUGCAGAAAUGGCAAAAUCAAUUUACCUAGACUAUAUCUCAAUACUGUCUCCAAAGGAGGUCAGCAUCGAUGCGAGUGUACGAGAGACAAUCAACAAAAACAUGGUGAUGCCAACAGCAGACAUGUUUAACGAAGCACAAAUGCAGAUAUAUGCACUGAUGCACAGGGACUCCUACCCAAGAUUCUUGAAUUCACCAAUGUACAAAUCACUUUUACAAAACGCAACUGUCUCAGGCAAUGCCCUGGAUUCUAAACUGUAACAGUCAUUCCACCAUUGUGCGCAAGACCAAAAACCGAGGCGAUAUGAAGAUUGAUGAAGAAUCAAACUCUCAGGCCUCUAUGGCAAUCCUUCUCACACUUCUUGAAGCAAAAUGGGGCCAUCAAUUUCUCACCAAAAUGACCACCACUUGCCUUACUGAUAUAAUGUGGACAAAAUGCUGUAUCCUAUGAAGUAUCCAAAACCUUCCAUAACACCUAAGUCUACACAUACCAGAAGAUUGGAAGGCUUCAACAACUCAUUGACUCUGUUUAAAUUUCCAUUGGGCUAUUGACAAUCCCAUAAUAUGUAGAUCCACCCUGAGUUAAGCAAAAUUCAGUCUUGUUGAAAGGUUUAAUCCUGGAGGAUAAUCCAUCUCUUUCAAAGACCGUUUCAUUUGUUGUGCUAUGGAUGUCUUAAGUUCAGGUUUUCCCUUUCACAGCUUUACUUUUCACCUCAUUGGUCUUUAUAUUAAUAUGACAUUAAUAAAUAUUAAUAUGUGGAAA